AUGAAGACUGCUAAUCGAGACCCUUCGACUGAAAAGUUUGUCCUACAGUGCCUGGCCAUUCCCCAGAAAUCUAAUUAUGAAGGAGGCAUUCUAGUUAAUCCGAAUCGGUGGACUGUGUUUGGAAAUGGAGCAAUGAGAGAAGGGGUGUCAAGGGAAGGAAAUAUGUUCAUUGUGGCAUGCAAUAGAUCGAAGACCUCGGACAGCAUCUCGCAAAAGGUUCAACUCCAGCAAACAAAGCUGUAUAGUUUUUCUGCUUGGGUCCAAAUCAGUGAAGGAAGUGAGGCUGUAGAUGUAAUUUUUAAAACCACUCAUGGCGAAUGGAUACGCGGUGGCAGUGUUGUAGCUAAGCAUGGAUGUUGGUCUUUGCUAAAAGGUGGCAUGAUUGCACAUCUUUCCGGCCCAGUUGAGAUUUUCUUUGUGUGCAACAAUACAAGAGUGGAGGUAUGGAUAGACAAUGUCUCGUUCCAGCCGUUUACAACGCAGCAAUGGAGAUCUCACCAGGACAAAAGCAUCGAGGAGGUGCGCAAAAGCAAGGUGAGGUUUCAGGUAACUUAUGCCACUGGAACUGCGUUGGGUGGUGCUGCAGUCUCUAUCAAGCAAACCAAGUCAGGCUUCCCAUUUGGAUGCGGUAUGAAUCAUUAUAUCCUCUUAAGCAACGCUUACCAGAAUUGGUUUGCUUCAAGAUUCAAGUUCACUACAUUCACCAAUGAAAUGAAGUGGUACAGCACCGAGAAGGAACAAGGUCAUGAAAACUAUACAAUCGCAGAUGCCAUGCUAAGCUUUGCCGAAAAGAAUGGCAUUGCAGUAAGAGGUCACAACAUCUUAUGGGAUAGCCCCAAGAUGCAGCCUCAAUGGGUCAAAAAUCUUUCUCCCGGUGAACUAAGAAUAGCAGCGACAAAAAGAACGGAUUCAGUCGUUCGAAGAUACUCGGGGAAACUGAUUGCGUGGGAUGUUAUGAAUGAGAACAUGCAUUUCAGUUUCUACGAGGACAAGCUUGGAAAAAAUGCUUCUUCUGAAUAUUACUUGAGAGCUUACCAACUUGAUCCAAAGACAAAAAUGUUCUCGAAUGAAUUUAAUACCAUUGAAUACAGUAAAGAGAUACGUGCAAGUCCAGUAAACUAUGUAAAGAAAAUUAAAGAGAUUCUGUCGUAUCCUGGAAUCAAAGGUAUCUUGUUAGGAAUAGGAAUACAAUGCCAUUUUAGUUCUGGAUAUCCAAACCUUGUUUACAUGAGAUCUGCAUUGGACAUUCUAGGAUCAACAGGAUUGCCUAUAUGGCUUACAGAAGUCGAUGUCCAAAAAGGCCCUAAUCAGGCACAAUACUUUGAGAGCAUACUAAGGGAAGGUUAUUCUCAUCCUGCUGUUAAAGGUAUUAUCAUUUUUUCUGGUCCAGAGGUAGCUGGUUUCAGUGCUAUAACCCUGGCAGAUAAAGAUUUUAAGAAUACUCCAUCAGGGAAUGUUGUUGAUAAGCUGAUCGCAGAGUGGAAAACUAGGACUCUGAAAGUCAUAGCAGAUAGUAAAGGAUUUGCAGAAGCUUCACUAUUUCAAGGUGAUUACAAUCUGAUUGUCAAACACCCAGUGACCAAUUUGUUGACUAGAUUACGCUUUAAGGUAAAAGAAGACAAAUCGCAAGAAACUACAGUACUUCAUGUCACUGAUUGAGUCAUCCUCCAUCUAUGAUACUGAAUUUUGUACUGCAAGAAAUUCUACUCCUUAAAUGAGAAACUAAAGUACUUCAUGUCACUGAUUGAGUACUUCAUGACCAAUAUGUUUACUAGAUUACGCUUCAAGGUAAAAGAAGACAAAUUGCAAGAAACUACAGCACUUCAUGUCACUGAUUGAGUCAUCCUCCAUCUAUGAUACUGAAUUUUGUGCUGCAAUAAAUUGUGCUUCUUAAAUGAGAAAAGUACUUC